AGAGAGAGAGAGAGAGAGAGAGAGAGAGAGAGAGAGAGAGAGAGAGAGAGAGAGAGAAUUUUCUAUCGGAUUAUUGUCAUCGACGCCUUCGCCCUGGGUCACCACCGACCAUGAGACUGGAAAUCGUGUCGGCGGCGGAUUUUUUGGUGCACCUGCUGCGCCUGCAGGCGGGUCAGCUGUCAGAACGGCAACUGGAGAUGUUCAAAUCAUCGUUGACGGAGGUGUUGCGCCACCGUUAUCGGGAUCACUGGUUUCCAGAUCGGCCAAAUCGCGGCUCCGGCUAUCGUUGCAUACGCAUCAACGGUAAAAUGGAUCCGGUAAUCGCGCAGGCUGGUGCGAACGUCGGCCUGUUGCCGACGGUACUGCACAGCCUGUUCCCCAGCGAGCUUACCAUGUGGAUCGACCCGUCGGAAGUGUCGUACAGAAUCGGCGAGAAUGGUUCCAUUUGCGUCCUGUACGAGCGUACCGAGGCCGAGAACGCGGAAGAGAUCUCCCAGCAGCAGCAGCAGCAUCAGCAUCAGCAGCAUCAUCAUCAGCAACAGCAGCAGCAACAACAUCAGCAUCAUCAUUCGCAGCAACACCAGCAAGCGCCAACUAUUAUGCCGUCGCCAUCCCAGCAGCAACAACAGCAACAAUUCGAAACCUGCAAAGACUCUCUGUUGCUGGAGCACACGCAAUUCAGCGAGCAGAUUGCCGCGUACGUCUCCAGCUGAAUCGCCGGGCUCGCCGUCGCGCUCGUGUCUACGCUUCUGAAAUGAUCUACUAUAUAUAAGCGCACGUGCAUCUCGUGAUAUGUGAUAUCCCGCGUGAUGAUUGUGUCGCGUCGGACCGGGUACGUCCGCGCGCUCCUCAACCUUUUGUGAACUCCAAACGUGCGUGCGUCCCUUUUCUUCUUGCGUCCUCUCUCUCUCUCUCUCUCUCUCUCUUUCUCUCUCUCGUCCCUUUCUAUUUUUCCCUUCCCUUCUCGGUGCAUCGAGAAAUUUCGAGCACGAGAAUCUUCGAGAAGAUUCGAGUCGAUCCUCGCUGUCUCCUUCCUUCUCUCUCUCUCUCUCUCUCUCUCUCUCUCUCUCUC